CGGGCGGCGGCGGGGCCGCGGGUCCGUGUCGGUGCGUGCGUGUGCGCUGCCCGCCCGCCGCGGGGGGGGAAAGGGGGGAGCCCGGCCUCCUUCCUCAUUUUGGGGCUGAGAAGAGCGAUUUCUUUCGCCAGCUGCAGUUCUGCGCUUUUUUUUUUUUUGCCCUUUUUUUUCUUUCUGCCUUUUUUUUUUUUUUUUUAAUUUGUCUUAUUUAUCAAACCCAGCCGCCGAGCCGGGCGCGGGGCCGCGCUGUGAAGCCGCGGGCUCCGCUCCCCGCACCGAUGGAGCCGCAUCCCCGGGAUCCCGGCCGCACCGCCUGGGCACUGCCCUGCCUGCUGCUGCUCGCCCUGCCCGGUGUGGGUGCCGAGCUGGAUCAGAACUUCAAGCUGCAGCAGCCCCAGGACAAGGUGCUGGUGACAGCGGGAGAGACGCUCACCCUGAACUGCACCAUAUCCAGAGUGGCUGAACUGGGUCCUGUGAGGUGGCUGAAGGGCUUGGGCAGUGGGAACAAGACCAUCUAUGGCCAGACAGGGGACUCCUUACCCCGUGUGACGAGAGCAGUGGUUGGGUCCAACACAGACUUCAGCAUCCACAUCAGGAACGUUGAGCCUGAGGACAUGGGCACCUACUACUGCGUGAAGUUUGCCACGACAGUCACUGGUGUGGAGGGGGUGCUUCAGCAUGGAAAUGGCACAGAGGUGUCUGUGCAAGCCAAACCCAGCCCCCCGCUCGUGUCCGGGCCUGAGCAGAGAGCGAUGCCGAGGCAGUCGGUGCCUUUCACCUGCACGACUGGAGGGUUCCUUCCCAAAGAAAUUGGGGUGAAAUGGUUCAAGAACAAGGACCCCAUGACGGCUCAGCCACCUCAGGUCACCGAAGAGCCGGUGAAAUCCUACAGAGUGUCCAGCACAGUGAUGGUGACCCUGCAGGAGGAUGACGUCCGCUCGCAGCUCAUCUGUGAGGUGCAGCACUCCACGCUGCCGGCCCCGCUGCGUGGGACGUACCAGCUCAGCAGGACCCUGCGAGUUCCCCCCAGUGUCGAAGUGCGUGCUGAGCCGAGCCCCGUCGAGGUGAACAAGACCGUGACCUUCACCUGCCACAUAAAGGAGUUUUACCCAGAAAACAUGUCUGUUUUCUGGCUAGAGAAUGGGAUUGAGAUAAAGGAGGAGAACAUCUCCCGGCCAUCGGAGCUGCCCCGGGGCUUGUUCAAGCUGAGACGCCAGGUGGAGGUGCAAGCGACAGAGGAGAAAAACGGGUCCACGAUCACCUGCGUGGUGGUGCACGAUGCCCAGGCCCCUGUCAACUACUCAGCUGUCCUGUGGAUCUCCAACCCGGCCCAGGGGGGACUGAGCAAGGGGUCCCAGAUGGAUACGGACGAUAUGCUCAUCUACAUCGUGGUGGGCGUGGUCUGCAUCGUGCUGGUCCUGCUGGUGGUGGCUAUUCUGUACCUCAUCCGGACGAAGCAGAUCAAGGGUAAAAGCUCGCCGUCUGCCAGGUUACAUGAGCCAGAGAAGAGCAGCGAGGCCAUGACCCAGGAAUCUGACCCCAACAACCUGACCUACGCGGACCUGAACUUCGACAAGGAGAGGAAGACCAUCCGCCGGAUGGUGGAGAUGAGCCAGCAGUCGGAGUAUGCCUGCAUCCAGACCAACCAGGCACCCAACGGCGACGACAACCUCACCUAUGCCGACCUGGACAUGGUGCACCUCAGCAAGGCACCCAAGCGGUCGGCCCCGCGCCCCGAGGAGGCCGGCUCUGAGUAUGCCAGUGUCCAGAUCACCAGGAAGUGAGCAGUGGCUGCUGGGACCCCGUGUCCUGCAGGGACCUGCUCUGCUCCUCCUGUGACUGUUCUCUUGGAAGCACUGGGAGCAAUGUGAAGAUGCGCUGCGGUACCUGUGUUUUAGGAUGGAAAUGGAGCCCGCAAUACUUGUGGGGGUCUUCUCCCAUCCAGAGAGACAUGAUUUUUGGGGCCAGUUUGGUCUUGGGGCUGCCAGCUCCAUCCCUUCAGGACCCCCAUAUCAGGGGUUGCUCAACCUCAGUGUGCCGGCUUUGCCCGCAUGCAGAUUCAGCCAGCGGAGCAGCAGCUCCUUGGGAAGCUCCGGCUGGGCUGAGGGGACAGGUAUACAGUGCCUCCACACCAGCUCUCAUGGGGAUGCCACUGCCUGGCCCACGGCUCCCCAGGACCAGCAGGGCCCCCACACUGCCUUCUGGGGCUCUGCCACCACGCCUGGACACCAAACUCUGGCUUUAAAGGAAGGACCGAAGUGUCUGCCUCUCUUCCCAAGUGUCCCUUCUGCGGGACCUCCGUCUCGCCCCAAGGCCAAGAGGCUGAAAGGCCAUUUGUACUAGUUUGAUGAGAGACUCAAAAUCAGAGCUACAAUUUAAUAGGAAAAAUCAAAAAUAAAUGCAGUAGUACAGAAACACUGACAGAGUCAGGAUACAACCUGACAGCCUGUUGGUCGGGGUGGUGGUAGCAGUCUGAUUUAGUGGUGGCUGCGGUCCUCCUGAUGUGAUAAAUGUGGUUCUGUUGAAGCAGUGAUCCUGUGGAAGGGUCUGGUCUUCCUCUGAAGAUCCAGUGGUGGCUACGUAGCUCUUGUCCUCUGGGAAUCCUGUAGGUCAGGGCUGCCUGUGGUGUUCCAAGCCCCAGAUUAUAUCCAGCUAGGAAUGCUCGGUUCCUCCCCCUGGGCGGAGCAUCCCACGAUGGGAUGAUGUAAUUUUAUGAGUCGUGCAGUGAGGCUUGAUGGCUCAUUAACAGAAGAUAUCGAACCGGAGGGAGUUAUCAGGGAUGUGUCAUGGAAGAGAUAAAGAACCCUGCCCCACCUGGUUUUAACAGAUGGUGAUAGAAUACAUACUUUUGGUUACAUCUUACACUGUAAGACACCACUGAGCCGAGGCCCCCACCCCGCCGUCCAGGGGAGCUCCAGGUCUGGCUCCCCAGCACCGAGCAUCCUCCUCAUCAUCAUCAUGUUCCUGUGCGCAGCCUUGCCCUGCACUGGGACCCACCAGCGCUGCCCCAGGCUUGUACAAAGCGUGCGAGGGCCCCCCCAGCCUGGCUCCCCCCGGGAGCUCCCUGCAGGUACCGUGUAACAUGUUUUGACUGUUUGACAUGUAACUGUUAAUUUUUAGAGCUGAAACCCCCAAUGUUUUGUGUUGUACGUGGGUGUACUGCUGUGUACUUAACACUAGACUAAGAUGUGCAAAAUUAAGACCGAGGCCUCAGUAAAGAACCCCCCAAACCCUA